CCCUAGAAACAAGGGGAGGUAAAACGUAACACAUUUCAUACUGUAACCAUACUUAUAUAUUAUAUGAGCUAUAUAUAUCUAUAGUCAAUAUUCUGCAGCUGGGAAGGACUACUAGAAACUAUACGAUCUAAUAUAAUCAGUCAUGAACAUUAAUUCAUAAUAAUAGUUUUUUUUAAUAUAUUAAUAUUUAAAAAAAUGGAUAAUGAAUUAGAAAAUGGUGCUGAACAUAUUUUGGAAGACAGAAAUAUUCCACGAAAUGAGAAUAACAUUCUGGAAUCCAAUGUUGUUGAUGAACAAGAAGAUAAUGAUCUACUGGUAAUAAAUACUGAACAGUUUAAAGGUGAUACCUUGUUUGUUUCAGAUACACCAUUGACAUAUCUGUCCAGGUUCAGCAAUGGCCAUGAUAUUUCUAUGCUUUGUGAAAGUUGUGCCCUGUACAUUAAUAUUGGUAACCUGCUGUAUCACAGGGCGUAUCACAGUGCCUUAAACACUCUCCGCUACACACACCCACAAAAACCUACCCAAGUUCAGUCCCUUUUACAACGAAGAAACUCACUGAUAAAAAAAUUAAACUCUAAAGCUACAUUAAAAAAGCCAAUCAAGCCUGAUGAUAUAAGAAAGUUAAACGAAGCUUAUGAAUUUUUGAAAAAUGAUUUAGAAGAUGAGUAUUAUUGGGCAGAUCAAUUUCAAAACAAAGUCAAGUCAUCUGUCCAAGGUGUAGCUAAAAAUUGUAGUUUAGAUUUUGUAUAUGGGAUUGGGAUUUGUAGCAAUGAUAACAGGAUGUGGAAGAAAGACAUGGAGGAUGUGAAUGUUUAUAUCGACAACUUUGGUGGGGAUCAAAAUAAAUGUUAUCUGGCCAUCUUUGAUGGUUACCAUGGUAAAAAUGCAGCACAAAGGUCUGCUAAUGAGCUGCAUCACCUGCUUCUGAAUGAAAUGGCAACUUUUUCUAGGUUACAUCUAGACUAUUCAAACAAUGAACAGCAAGAACCUGCAGCACUCAACAAGAAUAUAAUGAGCCUCUGUUAUAAAAAAUAUGAAGAGAGAAUGAAGGAAACUAAUGGUGAUGAUAAUUUAAAUAAGAAGCCAACCAACCUAACAUUUACAGAGAAUUUAAAAGAGGCAUUUAGAAAGAGCUACCAUUUGGUGGACAUACUGUUGACUGAUGGCAAGGGUGAAUCCUCCAAGUUUAGAUGGAGCGGUACUUCAGCUCUAACCCUGGUUAUCAGCAAAACACAAACUGCUGAAGGCAUGACUGAACAUGAGGAAACAGCAGAGAAUAAAAAUAUCAUGAGUCAGACGGAAGAAGUGGGUUUUAUUUAUAUUGCUAAUGCAGGAAGUUCUAGAGCUGUACUGAUAAAAGACAACAAGGCUGUUUGUCUCAAUGAAGUCCACACAACAAAAAAUGGCACAGAAAGACAAAGGAUUAAAAUCUCUGGUGGUGACAUCAGCAAAAACAAAUUGGUUCAUGGAGUUUUGCCUGUGACUCGUGGCCUGGGUAACCAUGGCGACACAAGACUGAAGGAGAGUGUGAUAGCAGAGCCCCAUGUGACAGCUGUGCCCAUUGACAGGGAGGCUCAGAUGCUGGUGCUGGCUAGUCAUGGGAUAUGGGAGGUGUUUUCUGAGGAUGAGGUGGCUGACUUGUUGACAAAGAUGUUACCAGACCAGCAGCUCUCUCCACCAAGCAGAUUGAGUGAUUCCAUCCUACCACUGUUGAAUGCAAGGGGUGAGCUCAAGAGGGAAUCACCUGAGCUAAAGAGUGGAUCACCUGAGCUAAAGAGUAGAUCACCUGAGCUUAAGGGUGGAUCACCUGAGCUAAAGGGUGGAUCACCUGAGCUAAAGAGUAGAUCACCUGAGCUUAAGGGUGGAUCACCUGAGCUAAAGGUUGGAUCACCUGAGCUAAAGAGUGGAUCACCUGAGCUAAAGAGUGGAUCACCUGAGCUAAAGAGUAGAUCACCUGAGCUUAAGGGUGGAUCACCUGAGCUAAAGGGUGGAUCACCUGAGCUAAAGAGUAGAUCACCUGAGCUUAAGGGUGGAUCACCUGAGCUAAAGGUUGGAUCACCUGAGCUAAAGGGUGGAUCACCUGAGCCCAAGAGGGAAUCACCUGAGCUAAAGGGUGGAUCACCUGAGCUAAAGGGUGGAUCACCUGAGCUAAAGGGUGGAUCACCUGAGCUAAAGGGUGGAUCACCUGAGCUUAAGGGUGGAUCACCUGAGCUAAAGAGUGGAUCACCUGAGCUAAAGAGUAGAUCACCUGAGCUCAAAAGUCUAUCACCUGAGCUUAAGGGUGGAUCACCUGAGCUCAAGAGUCUAUCACCUGAGCUUAAGGGUGGAUCACCUGAGCUCAAGAAUCUAUCACCUGAGCUUAAGGGUGUAUCAUCAUUUAGACCAGAGUCAUCACACAGUGGGACAAGCUCAGUCAGUGACAUGGGUGAUAUAGAACUGUCCACGUUUGGGGAUCAAGAUGUGACCCCAAGAACAAGCGAGGUGCCCCAAACACUCACCGGAGCACUGACCCCUACAGGAGUGCUGACCCCUACAGGAGCGAUGACCACUGGAGACACUGCCAGACUGGACCUGGCCAAAACAAUGUGUGAGCAGCUGACCCACGCCGCCAUUUUGGCUGGUUCCAGAAGUAACAUCACAGUCAUGCUGGUGCUGCUGGCUGGUUGUGGGCUGUCAUAGGGCGUGGUCUGUCAUAGGGCGUGGUCUGUCACAGGGCGUGGUCUGUCACAGGGCGUGGU